CUUGGUGCCGGGUGCAUGUGAUUGUCAGCCUUACUGGGAUAAACAGACCCACUUUCGUCGUCUAGCCAGGAGCUCAGGACAGGACUCCGUCACCCCAGGCACCAAAUAAUUGCUUGGAGUAAACAAUCGCAUCUUCACGUCCGUACCUACACAGUCUUUUACCUCCAUGCUCGUUAGCCUUCCCGUGCCGGCAAAGGUAAUGCUAUGCUAUGCAUUUGCAGCGACAUGUGGUCCGGCCCGGGGUCGCAAAAGUGAUACAGCAUCGAGCGAACCUCAGUGAACGCACCUUAACCAAAGAAACCUGGAAGUCAUGGCGGUUCAAUGCAAACCAAUACCGGCUUUCUACGCCGUCUACAUCCUGCGUUCCACCGUACGACAUGCCUCACUCUACAUUGGAUCCACCCCAAACCCUCCGCGCAGGUUGAGCCAGCACAACGGCCUCGCCAAGGGAGGAGCCGCCCGAACAGCGCGACGGCGCCUCCGGCCUUGGGAGAUGGUGGGGCUAGUAUCGGGCUUUCCUAGCAUGACCGCCGCAUUGAAAUUUGAGUGGGCUCUAAACAAUCCUCACCUCUCAGUGCACAUCCCCUCGGAGGCCCGCAUCACCAUUUCCUCGCAGGUCAAGCGCAAUGGGCAACCCAAGAAGCCGUCCAAGAGCCUCUCGUCGGUGAUGUCGAACCUGCACCUCUUGUUGCGCGUGCCAAGCUUUGUGCGCUGGCCGCUGACACUGCACUUCUUUGAUCGAAACGUGUUUGCCGCCUGGGAGCGGUGGUGCGCUACGGCGAGCGAGCAGCUGAGGCCCAGUUUACGGGUAGUUACCGACUUCGGAAGCGGGAAGUUGCCGUCGGUGGCUGGGACGGAAAGGGCCGCUGCAGAGAGGAAUGGGCCGGACGAUGGGGAAGAGGGGCGGGCUUGGGGGAUACAUGCGCUCCCGCUGAACUACGAGCCGAUCAAGGAUUACGUGGCGAAGGCCCAGGAGACAUUCGAGUUCGAGCGCCAGGGAAGAUGCAUCAUUUGCCGGGAAGACAUGCCGUCCGGGGAGGGCCUGCAUGUCAUUUGCACAAACGAUGCGUGCGAUGGUGUUGGACACCUUGCAUGCUGGAGCCGGCAUAUCCUCAAAGGCCACGAGGAAGACAGUAUCCUGCCUAUCCAGGGCCAAUGUCCCAAGUGUAUGGGGGAAGUGCAUUGGGGCCUCAUGAUGAAAGAGCUGACCCUCCGAACAAGAGGGCAGAAGGAGGUGGAGACACUUCUGAAGCGCAAGUGCCGACGUGCAACUAGGAAGGAUUUGAAGACGUGAUAUAUCUGCAGCUAGUACUGAGUAUAACACCAACAAUGCAGUGGCUUUGGCAUCGUCGCUCCACCGUUCGAGUGUCGUGUAUGCCUCCAGCAGGGAACGGAUCGAGAUACCUUAGAAUCAGCACCUCCUCGUCCCUUUGCUGAAUGCAAGUUUCAAUUCAUUCUCUGCUUGACAGUGCCGGAGGAC